AGGCAGCGGCGGCCGGGGGCGGAGCGGGAUCGAGCCCUCGCCACGGCCCGCCGCCAUGGGCCCUCGCCGCCGCCGCCGCCUGCCACCCAGGCCACGCGGGCCGUAAGCGCCAUGGCUGUGGCCGGGGCCCCUACAGGCGGCCCAUGCGCGCCGGCGCUGGAGGCCCUGCUCGGGGCGGGUGCGCUGCGGCUGCUGGACUCCUCGCAGAUCGUCAUCAUCUCUACGGCGCAGGAUGCAAGCGCCCCUCCGGCCCCUGCUGGUCCCGCCGCGCCCACUGCUGGUUCCCAAGAUGCUGACCUGCUGCUCUUCGCCACGCCGCAAGCACCCCGGCCCGCACCCAGCGCCCCACGCCCCGCGCUCGGUCGCCCCCCGGUGAAGCGGAGGCUGGACCUAGAAACUGACCAUCAGUACCUAGCUGAGAGCAGCGGAUCAGGCCGAGGCAGGGGCCGGCACCCAGGGAAAGGUGUCAAAUCUCCAGGGGAGAAGUCACGCUAUGAGACAUCGCUGAAUCUGACCACCAAACGCUUCCUGGACCUGCUUAGCCGUUCAACCGAUGGUGUUGUUGACCUGAACUGGGCAGCUGAGGAGCUGAAGGUGCAGAAACGGCGCAUCUAUGACAUCACCAAUGUCCUUGAGGGCAUCCAGCUCAUCACCAAGAAGUCCAAGAACCAUAUCCAAUGGCUGGGCAGCCACACAGCAGUGGGGAUCAGCGGGCAACUCGAAGGACUGACCCAGGACCUCCGGCACCUGCAGGAGAGCGAACGGCACCUGGACCGUCUGCUCCAUGUCUGCACCACACAGCUGCAGCUGCUCUUGGAGGACCCCAACAACCAGCGCCUGGCCUACGUGACCUGCCAGGACCUACGCAGCAUUGCAGACCCUGCAGAGCAGAUGGUCAUGGUGAUCAAGGCCCCUCCUGAGACCCAGCUCCAGGCUCUAGACUCCUCAGAGAACUUUCAGGUCUACUUGAAGAGCAAACAAGGCCCCAUUGACGUUUUCCUGUGCCCUGAGGAAAGCUCUGAUGAGAUCAGCCCAGAAGAAACCCCACCCCAGGCAGUGGCUUCUCCUGGAGAGGAGGACGGGGUGGCUGUCCCUGCUACCACAGUGCCAACUCCAUCACUUACUCCGACAUCUCCUCCGUCAUCACCUCCAUCACCUCCUCCGUCACCUCCUCCCUCAUUCCCUAUCCCAGAUCCUAGCCAGUCCCUCCUUACCCUGGAGCAAGAACCGCUGCUGUCCCGAAUGGGUGGCCUCCGGACCCCUAUGAAUGAGUACCGCCUGUCCCCGCUGAUGGCAGCAGACUCACUCCUAGAGCAAGUGCGGGAGGACUUCUCCAGCCUCCUCCCUGAGGAGUUCAUCACCCUGUCCCCUCCCAACGAAGUUCUCGAGUACCAGUUUGGCCUUGAGGAAGAGGGUAUCAGAGACCUCUUUGACUGUGACUUUGGAGAUCUCACCCCCCUGGAUUUCUGA